AGAGCAGAGAGACCACAGAGAAAGAAAGACAGUGACACGCCACAGACAGUGGAGAAGAAGGUUCCAGCUGAGACUUCAAGGGACCAGACAUGGGUAAAGGGGUCAUUUUGUCCAAGGUCCUGGCCAUCAUGACGGUGGUGAUGACUGUCUCUUCUGUGUCAGGGAUGGUUAUCAUGUUCAUAAUUUACCAGGAAGCGUACGAACGCGACAGACCCACCCGUCCACCUACGCCCAACGCCACCGACCCGCUGCCCACUGGACUACCACCCAACAUGAGGCUGCCGAAAAACCUGGUGCCCCAGAGGUACGACCUCCACCUCCAGCCUCUCCUCUACACUCAGACCACCAACACCACAAACCAGACACUGGCCUUCAAGGGAUCCUCCAACAUCUCCUUCCUCUGUGUGGAGAGGACCGGCACCAUCUUCCUUCACAGCAAGGACCUGUCUCUGACAGAGAACACAAUCAGGGUGAAUGACGUCGACCGGGGCAAAGUCGUCCCUGUCAGCGGUGUGAGGCAGAACAUGAAUGAUACUAACUUCCUGGAGAUCCAGCUGAACGGAGUGCUGACGGUGGGAAGCAACUACACUCUGUUUAUAGAGUUUAAGGGAGAGCUAGGGGACAAUCUGGCAGGUCUGUACGUGAGUAAAUACACAGAGAAAAGCACCACGGACAGAGUGGACGAUGAGCGGCUGCUAGUCAUCAGCCAGUUGCAGCCGACCGAUGCCAGGAAAGUGUUUCCUUGUUUUGAUGAGCCAGCCAUGAAGGCAGAGUUCAUGGUGACCAUCAUCCAUCGAGAAGGAACCAAAGCCCUGUCCAAUGGGUAUUUGAAAGAGUCCAACUCUGUGGUAAUAGAUGGAGAGCCUUGGGAGAUCUCAACCUUCCACCAAACCGAGAGAAUGUCCACCUACCUCCUAGCUUUCACCGUGUCCAACUUCGAAUAUACGUCAUCCCCUCAUGAUCGAGUUGAAAUCAAGAUUCAUGCUCGACCACAAGCCAUCAAAGCAGGACACGCAGACUACGCCUCUGGCAUCACAAAAAAGAUGCUCUCCUUCUAUGAGGGGUACUUAGGCAGGAUAUACGGCUUUAAAAAAAUGGACCUGGUGGCAGCGCCAGACUUUGGGGGAGUGGCCAUGGAGAACUGGGGUCUGAUCAUGUUCCGGGAGUCUGCUCUGCUGUACGAGGAAGGCGUGUCCUCCAUCACCAAUCAGGAGUGGAUUGCCACCGUUGUGGCCCAUGAGCUAGCUCACCAGUGGUUUGGCAACCUGGUGACGAUGAAAUGGUGGAAUAAUCUAUGGCUGAACGAAGGCUUUGCUACGUACCUCUCCUACCUGGGAGUGGGUCAUCUUCAGCCCGACUGGAACAUGGAGAACCUCUUGGUUCUGAAUGAGAUUCAGACGGCGUUCCAGGUGGACUCUCUGGCCUCGUCACAUCCUCUGAGCUGUGAGGAGAAUGACGUCCAAACCCCCAGCGACAUCACCGAACAGUUUGAUGACAUUAGCUACAGCAAGGGGGCUGCUUUACUCAGGAUGUUGGCUGACUACAUUUCCGAGGGAUCCUUCAUCCUGGGCCUGAAGAAAUAUCUUGACGCUUUGCAGUACAGUAAUGCUGACAACAAGGAUCUGUGGAAACAUUUACAACAGGCAGUGAAUGAGGAUGGUGGAUUUGUCAAGGUGGAAGAAUUAAUGUACACCUGGACCAAUCAGAUGGGCUAUCCUCUCAUCACCAUCAACACCACCACUGGAGCUGUCUCCCAGCAACACUUCCUCCUCAACCAGACCUCAACCUAUGAUCUUGUGUGGCAUGUUCCCAUCAGAGUGAGAAAGAGCGGCGACAAUCCAGCCAUUGUGCUUCUCAAGAGCAGUGGUCCAGAGAUGAAAGCAGCCUUCAGGGCUAACCAUAACCAGUGGGUUCUGGCCAACCUAAACUGUGUUGGAUACUACAGGGUGAACUACAACCCAGAGAACUGGGCCAGACUACUGGACCAGAUGGAGACAGACCCCCAGGAAAUUCCCAUCAUCAAUCGUGGUCAGCUCAUUGACGAUGCUUUCAAUUUGGCAAGGGCAGGCCACGUCAAUGUGACCCUGGCACUAAGCACCACCAGGUAUCUGAGGAACGACACAGAGUUCGUCCCCUGGGAGGUUGCCAUCCGCAACUUCAACUACUUCCUGCUCAUGUUCGACCGCUCAGAAGUCUACGGCCCCAUGCAGGCGUACUUGCGAAACCAAGUCCAAGGCUUAUACCAGCACUUUGAAAACGUCACCCUGGCGUCAUCAGUUCCAGAUAGUCAUAGUGACCAGUACAAUCAGAUCAAUGCUGUCGAUGUAGCGUGCAAACAUGGGCUGCCUGCCUGCCAAACCAUGGUACAGGAGCUCUUCAAAAUAUGGAUGCUGAACCACACUAACAUUAUCCAUCCCAACCUGCGGUAUAGUGUGUACUGCCAGGCCGUGGCACUGGGAGGAGAAGAGGAGUGGGAAUUUGCCUGGAGAAUGUUCCAGAAUGCCACCUCCGCCACAGAGAAGGACAAGCUACGCUACGCCCUGUCUUGCACCAGGAAGAUCUGGCUGCUCAACAGAUACCUGGAGUAUACCUUGGACCCUGACAAGAUCAGGAAAAUGAACGCUGUCUCAACCAUCAACUAUGUUGCCGAGAAUGUGGCAGGGCAGGCCCUUGCCUGGGACUUUGUACGAGCACACUGGACUUACCUCAGCCAGGAGUAUGGGGGAGGAAUCAUGUCGUUCUCCAGCCUAAUAGAUGGAGUGACACAGAGAUUCUCAACAGACUUUGAGCUCCAACAGCUGAAGCAGUUCCAGAGUGCUCAUGGUGAGCAGGGGCUGGGGUCAGCCAGCAGAGCCCUGGAGCAGGCCAUAGAGAGAACCCAGGCCAACAUCCAGUGGGUGAAAAAGAACAAGAGGACCGUUCUGGAGUGGUUCAAGGGUGAACUGAGAAGACCCUGAGAGAAAGUCACUACUUAGAUAGCGUCCUAUUUAUCUAUUCAUUUCUAUAAUUAUUUAUCUGACUAGAUGGCAACAAUGACUGGACAAAAUCACUUAUUUA